AUGUACCAUGAAUCAACAGUAGGCAAAGAGAUGGAUGAUGCUAUGCUAAGCUCGACGUCAGCUGCUGAUGUCACAACCUCAGCUGUCUUCACUCAGGUUGUCAAUGGAUCUGCACAGUGGCUCGGAACCUCGAAUUCGACUUUGGCCUCGGACAGCUCCGACGCGCCUAGUCUAGUAUAUACGGUGUUGAUUUCAAUUUUGUUGGGAGUGAUCAUUUUGACAACUAUCAUAGGCAACGUUUUCGUUCUCAUGGCCAUUUUCCUGGAACGGAAUCUGCAGACGGUCGGGAAUUAUCUCGUACUUUCAUUAGGUGUCGCCGACCUUCUGGUGGCGUGCCUUGUAAUGCCUCUUGCCGCGCUCGAUGAGGUCAAAGGCGGGUGGACUCUCGGGGCCGUACUUUGCGACAUGUGGACCUGCUGCGAUGUGCUCUGUUGCACUGCGUCCAUAUUGCACCUCCUCGCAAUCGCGUGGGACCGCUACCGAACGGUCACGAGCGUCGACUACGUCCGCCAACGGAACGCAAGUAAUAUACGUCACAUAAUCUUGCUGGUUUGGGGCGCCUCGUUGAUCAUAUCGUCGGCACCGAUUUUCGGCUGGAAAGACCACGGCUACGCGACGAGAAUAGCGAACCGAAUCUGUUUAGUAAGUCAAGAUACUGCGUAUCAAAUAUUCGCAACCGCAACGAGUUUCUAUGGGCCUCUGAUAGUAACACUGUUACUCUACUGGAAAAUAUAUCAGGUUGCGAGGAAUCGGAUCCGACACAAACCAGGAGCAAAAGUCCCUCUGACGGUCAGUGUGAACUCGGGUUUGACUUCGCCCCCGAUCUCUGACGGUCAAUGCGAAAUUUCCGUCAUCCAAACGGGGGACAGCCCCAAGUUGGCCAACGCGAACCAUGGCGCAAACGGUCAAAACGAAGCGUCUCCCAGCACCAGUCUGACGGUCGGUAACAAUUUAGGAGCACCAAUAGUGACUAAGCCAGCUCGAGUCUCCCACAAGGAAACGCUCGAAGCUAAACGUGAGCGCAAGGCCGCGAAAACCCUGGCCAUCAUCACUGGAGUGUUCGUUGUCUGUUGGCUUCCGUUUUUCGUGAAUGCUUUCGUGAGUGCGGUAUGUGGCGAAACGUGCGAAGUCCCUCGAGCCGUCAACUCCCUGUUCCUCUGGCUGGGUUACAUCAACUCGAUGUUGAAUCCCAUAAUUUACACUUUGUUCAGUCCCGACUUCCGGAACGCCUUCCACAAAAUACUGACGGGCAACAGGCGAGGGCAGCACAUGGCCUUUAAGCGAUGA